CCGGCCGCGCCAUGGUGUCCUGGAUCCUCAGCCGGGUGAUUGUGCUACUCUUCGGGAUGCUCUACCCGGCCUACGCCUCCUACAAGGCUGUGAAGACGAAAAACAUCCGGGAAUACGUCCGAUGGAUGAUGUACUGGAUCGUCUUCGCUCUCUUCAUGACCACAGAGACCUUCACCGACCUCCUCAUCUCCUGGCUCCCCUUCUACUACGAGGUGAAGAUGGCUUUUGUCAUCUGGCUGCUGUCCCCGUACACGCGCGGGGCCAGCCUGCUCUACCGCCGCUUCGUGCACCCCACGCUGGCCCGCAGGGAGAAGGACAUCGACGCCUUCCUGGUGCGCGCCCGUGAGCGCGGCUACGAGACCGCGCUGAGCUUCGGCAAGAGGGGCCUCAACCUGGCGGCCACCGCCGCUGUCCAGGCAGCCACCAAGAGCCAGGGCGCGCUGGCCGGGCGGCUCCGCAGCUUCAGCGUGCACGACCUGCGCUCCCUGCCCGAGCAGGCCCCCGUGCACUUCCAGGACCCGCUGUACCUGGAGGAGCAGGGGAGCCUCCAGCAGCCCUUGGGCCUCCGCUAUGAGAGCGAGUCGGACGAGGAGGAGCUGUGGUCGGACUCGCAGGUGUCCCCCUCGGUGUCCCCAUGCCGGGGUGCCAGACCCCUGUCCCGCUGGCAGAGCCUGAGAACCCUGAGGAAGAACCCAGGAAAAGAGGGCUCUUCCCGGCUCCUGCGCAGCCGCACCAGGAGGAGAGCGGCUCUGUCAGAGCAGGAGAGCUGAAAAUGCCAGGAAACUGCCAGGAGGCUGGAGAGGAAUUUCUGCUGCGGCAUCAGGAGGGACCUGU